CCGGAAUUCGCCGCAAGCAGGAUGGACCCGAUGCUGGCGUCGGCGAUCGGGGGCAUGCCCCCCAUGGCGCAGAUCCCGCAGAUGUCGAGCAUGAUCCGCGAGUACGCCAACAAGCUCAACAAGACCGCGGUCGAGGCCAAGGCCAAGGCGCUCAAGUCCUCGAUCGCGAUCCCGGCGCUGGCCAAGAAGCCGCCGCAGCGCCUCGCCCGCGAGCAGCAGCUCUUUCUCCUCCACAGCGCGCACGAGAAGGCCCGGGUAGGCGCCUGGGACGUCAGCCAAGCGGCCUUCCACGACGCCAACGUGCGCAUGGACAACGUCAACGAGUCGCUCACGUACUCGUCCGAGAACAUUCAGGAGGCGAUCCACGUCAUGAAGAACGUCAGCCGCCAUUUUCGCGAGCUUGGCACCAACAUGUCGGACGACUUGUGCUUUUACAAAACCUCGGACAAGGCAAGUAAUAGCAGCGAGGCGUAAAGACGGGUACACUACUACAUUCAAUCGACAUUGCCGGUGUAUUGUGGG